GGCCAUGACAUCGUCGGUGAAGUUUUAUCACUAUUUGAUUUAAAAAUUAAAUAAAAGUCAUUCGUAUUUCUAACCGGUUGGUUGUGGUUUCGUGAACGUGAUAAGGGCGUAAUUAUUUACAGACUUUCUUUACGAACCGGUGAAACUGCCGUAUCUAAAUGUAGUGCACAAAGUACACUAAAGUAUAAUUUAGGACUAAGAAUUGUGUGUGGAAAUUCUGGAAAAUGGGUGCUCAUGUGUCUAGAAACGAUUUCGAGUGGGUUCACACGGAGGAACCGCAUGCGUCUCGCCGGAAGAUCAUCCUAGAGAAAUACCCAGAAAUCAAGAAGUUGUAUGGGUAUGACCCCAUGUUCAAAUGGGUGGUGACUCUCAUGGUACUGACGCAGUUCGCGAUGCUGCCCAUAGUGCAGCACAUGAGCUGGCCAGUGCUGCUCAUAGUGGCGUAUUGCUUCGGCGGAGUUAUCAACCACUCCCUUAUGUUAGCAAUCCACGAGCUAGCGCACAACCUGGGGUUCGGCCACAACCGGCCGCUGCACAACCGGCUGCUCGGCUUCUUCGCGAACCUGCCCAUCGGGAUUCCCAUAUCCAUCAGCUUCAAGAAGUACCACUUGGAACACCAUAGAUACCAAGGCGACGAAGUGAUAGACGUGGAUCUGCCCACGCUGGUAGAAGCGAAGCUGUUUUGUACGACGGGUGGAAAGCUGGUGUGGCUGAUAUUCCAGCCUUUGUUCUACUCCCUGCGCCCGCUGGUGGUGAGGCCCAAGCCGCCCACGCCGCUGGAGCUCAUCAAUCUCAUCAUACAGCUGUUCUUUGACGCGAUAGUCGUUAAGCUUUUUGGUUGGAAAGUACUUGGUUACCUUCUUUUAGGAUCCUUCAUGGCAAUGGGUGUCCACCCUGUGGCAGGUCACUUCAUAUCAGAGCACUACAUGUUCCGGAAAGGCUUUGAAACCUACUCGUACUACGGGCCUCUCAACUGGAUCACCUUCAACGUAGGAUAUCACAACGAACACCACGACUUCCCCGCUGUUCCGGGGAGCAGACUGCCUGAGGUGAAACGCAUAGCCCCAGAGUUCUACGCCGACCUGCCCCAACACCACAGCUGGUCGUCUGUCCUCUACGACUUUGUGAUGGACCCCGAAAUAGGACCCUACGCGAGGAUCAAACGCAAACACGCCGGCUUGAAAACAUAGGUAGAAAAUUAUUACUUUAUUCUAGCAUUUGAUACCUCCCGCCGCAACUUCAAAGUUGGCCGCGUACACCCGCAGGAGAAUUUAGCAUUUACCUACUCAUAUUUUUCGUAAAAAUUCACUUUGCUACCUAACUUGUGUUUAUUGUUUUUAUUCGAGUAUUUUAUUACAAUAACUAUAAGA